AUGUGUGCAAUUCAAACGCUUAAGAAAAGAGCUUUGUUUAUAUUUCGGCUUAUUAUUGCCAUCCUUGGCAGGUUGUGUUGUUGCAUUAAGCGAAGGAAAAAUAUUGGGGAAUUACCAUAUACAGUUGCUCAUCAGAAUCCUCAAAUAUAUUGGGGAUCAGAUACAAAUAAAGAAAAAUGGGAAGACUGGAGUGAUACUCCAUUUGUUACUUCAGUUGAAGAAAAAAUUAUAGAAUAUCGUCGUAAAAAGGCCGAAUCAGAAGUUGUAGUAGAAGAGACAGCUGAGACGGAUUUUUUUAAUGAUAUGCAACCAAAAGUUGUGCAGACUCCAAGGGCUUAUAUUAGCAAUUAUGAUAACACGCCAGCUCAAAGUAGCAAUUUAUUUGCUAUGAAAACAGAUCAGCAUCAGUUGCUAUCUUCUAAUUUAGGUGAACUUGGUAAUUUGGAAGAUACGAAUACACAUGAUGAAGCUGAAGAAUGGGACACUCAAAUCGAUAUUGAAAGUGUUGACAAUGCUUUGCGUGAACAAAGGGCUAAAGAAAGACAAGAAAGACGAUUGAUAAGACAAAUGGAACAUGCAAAACGGUUUGAGCGAAGAAAGGAAUAA